AUCGUAGGGUGAGUUUUUCAUUACAGGAAGCCCAAUUAAACCAUCCUGUGGGGUCUCACCCCUACCAGUGACUGACAUCACCACCAUCUUCAAGGGAUUCUAUCUUAUUUCCUAUUUGAACUCUAAAUCACACCAACCACAGGUCCAUUUAGUUUUCUACCACCUGUAAGGAUCAGCCAGUUUACAGCUGAACAGACUCCCCCCCCUUCUUUUCUAAAGCUCACACCACCCUCUGCUUUCACCAUGUCCUGGUAGCUCCAAAAAAGAUGCUGUAAUUGCUGAGGGUUCUGCAACAUAGUCAGCGCACCUGUUCCUGGGCCCAUUCCAUUGUGGGGUGCCAGCCUUUGCUUUCAACGUUACCUGAACCAGACCUUUGCAGUCAGCCAUAGUCCAGUUUUAUUUAUAGCAACAUCGCAUGUUGUGCUCAAAUACAAUUGCCUAUUGCUAAGUUAGCUUUGGUAUGCUAUGACAGGAUAUGUCGAACAGAAGUUUUUUGCCAUAAAAUCUUUAGUGUAAAUCUAGCAUCUUGUAAUUGGACCAGGAAAAACAAUCCAAAAAAAAAGGCUUGGGCUUGCAUAAUGUCCAACUUUUAUGCUUUUAUUGUCAAUUUCAACCAAUGGGAACGAUUUUGAUAGGGAGGCCAACAGAAAACCCACAUCCUAUCAUGGGUGCCCUGACUUCUGUUGGCCUUUUCAAUGGCCUUUUAUUUUUCCAAACAUCAGGAGCUUCUCCACUGUCUUCACGUUGUUUCAAAAUAUUUAAGCUUCAGUUUGUAUUCGUGCUUCCAGUGAGAGCAACUAGCAUGGAGUGAUCUUGUUUUCUUCAGCACCAUUAUGUAAAACAUAUAUUUUUCUUCCUUCAGUCUGGGGAAAAAAAUGUGACCCUGACAAUACAUAGCUUUGUGGUAUGGUGAUUUGUUCUGCAUCUGAUAUGGUUUUCCUCUCAAGAUAGCAGAUGUCUCGGUAUUUCAUGAGCACACAACCCUUGUCUUGAGCCUAGAGAGAUAAAGUGUGUCACUGUUCCAAGACAUACUUUAUCAGUGUAUCUGCAUUAGGCUAGUAUUGACAGUCUCUUACCUGAAAUGGCAUAGGUGGGUCUCCUGCUUGAGCGGGUGUGUGUGUUGCAAAACCUCCAAGGUCCCUUAUAGGUCUGUUUUCAUUCAGAAGAUUCAAUAUUGAACCCUCUCCUCUUUCAUCCUCAGUUUAUAUAAGAUUGUCAAAGCUAUUUUCCUGUAAUGUUAAUUCCAAUUUCUAUUUCUUCUGAUCCAGUCCUUCUCAUAUUGCAGUCUAUGUUCAUUAAAUACAUUUACAGCAUACAAUUCUGUGUUUCCCCUAUAAACUAAAGAGAGCUCAUAAAAUAAAGUAUAUGAAUUUAUGAAGUAUAUAAAUGCUGCUCCAAUCCAGCAGACCCAUGAAUGGUUUUAAACACUAUUAAUACAUUUCUUAAUACAACCGAAAAAUGCACCCCGCAUUUCAUACUUCACCCCUUUGGAGGUGAAGUAUGCUAUGCAAAAUGCAGGACCAAUGCAUCUGAACUGAUUUUUUGAAAAGUAUCUGGCGUCCCAUAUAUAACACAGCCCUGGGAGCAGGGGAGUAAAACAGUAAAGUUGGUCAGCAAAAGAAUUCAUGGCAGUGAAAAAGAAAUUUCAUUUGAACGAAGAUAUCGAAUCACAUCUCUCCCUCCUUUUCUCUCUUUAGAAAUCAACCUUGUUCGCUGCACUUUCGCCUAUUUUCUCUGAUUCUUCGCCUUUUCAAUCCAGCCUUCUGCUUCCCUUGGUCUUGCGAACCUCGGAGGGGGGGGCGGCGUCCUGCUCUGCCUUGCAGCGGACAAUCCGUCCAGCACUCCCCGCAGAUCACCUGCUCCUCGCCCGCGCCACACUGGCAAACCCCAGCGCGCGUUCCGCCCAAUCCGACCCACCUCCCGUCCGCAUCAGCAUCCCUGGCCGGGCGUCCCCGCCGGAAAGCGCCCGGGGAGGCUCCUGCGCGGGGCCCCGCAGCCCCGUCCUCCGAGCGGCGCGACGGCCGCCGCCCAAUACGGGCCGAGCAGAAACGUCUCGGCCGCAAGGGGCGGAGUGUGGGCGGAGACGUCGAAGAAGAAGCCUGUCGCCGAGAGAUGACGAAAGAGCUAUUUGCAUCCCUCCUUCGCGUCCCUCGUUGCUGUGGCGCCAGGGCCCCGCGCGCGCCCCGUAGGCUCCCUGAGGGGCGGGGCUCCUGGUCGGCAUGGUGACCGCGUCGGGGCCCGAGGCAGCCUCGGGGGGCGCCGCCGCUGCGCCAGGAGAGCCGCCGGGCUCGGGCCCGAGAGGAUGAAGAUCGGCCGAGAAGAGAGCAGCGAGUCCGAGAACGAAAGCGACGAGGAGGACGAGGACGAGGAGGAGGACGGCGGCCUGUCGGACGAGUCUGCCAACGAAUGCCUGAAGAGGCCGGAGGCCGAGCGGAGGGAGCCUCCGCGCGGCUCCCUUCCGGACAAAGGCCCAGAGCCCGGCCGGGAGCAGCCCGGAGCCGGCCCGGAGGAACCCACGGCGGAGGAGGGCGAGCCGGAGGAGCCCCGGCCGAAAAGGAAGAGGCGGCACCGGCUGCUUUCCAUCAACCUCGCGAACUGCAAAUACGAAAGCGUUAGACGGGCUGCUCGGCGCUGUGGCCUGAAAGAAGUGGGGGAGGAUGAGGAGUGGACUGUGUACUGGACUGACUGCUCAGUUUCGCUGGAGCGUGUCAUGGAAAUGAAGAGGUUUCAGAAAAUCAACCACUUUCCUGGCAUGGCCGAGAUCUGCCGCAAGGACCUGCUGGCCCGCAACCUCAACCGGAUGCUGAGGCUCUUUCCCAAGGAGUACUGCAUCUUCCCUCGCACCUGGUGCUUGCCAGCUGACUAUGGGGACUUCCAGGCCUACGGGCGAAUGAGGAAGAACAGGACGUACAUUUGCAAGCCGGACAGUGGCUGCCAGGGGAGGGGCAUCUUCAUUACCCGGAACCCCAAGGAAAUAAAGCAUGGGGAGCACAUGAUCUGCCAGCAGUAUAUCACUAAGCCCUUCCUCAUUGACGGCUUUAAGUUCGACAUGCGUAUUUAUGUCUUGGUCACCUCCUGCGACCCCCUGAAGAUCUUUGUCUAUGAGGAGGGGCUGGCCCGCUUUGCCACCAUGAGGUACAUCGAGCCCAACAGCGGCAACCUGGAUGACAUCUGCAUGCACUUGACCAACUAUGCCAUCAACAAGCAUAAUGAGAACUUCGUGCGGGACGACAACACGGGCAGCAAGAGGAAGCUGUCCACCCUGAACACUUGGAUGCGGGAGCACAGCUACGACACCGCGGAACUGUGGCGGGACAUUGAGGACAUCAUAAUCAAGACGCUCAUUGCUGCUCACCCAGUUCUGAAGCACAACUAUCGCACCUGCUUCCCCCACCACAUCUCCGGUUGCGCCUGCUUUGAGAUCCUGGGCUUCGACAUCCUCCUGGAUCGGAAACUCAAACCGUGGCUUCUGGAGGUCAACCAUUCCCCCAGCUUUACCACGGACUCCCGCCUGGACCGGGAAGUGAAGGAUGCCUUACUGUGCGAUGCAAUCAAUCUCAUCAACCUGCGGGCCUGUGACAAGAAGAAGGUGCUAGAAGAAGACAAGAGGCGGGUGAAGGAGCGCCUGCUGCAGCCCCACCAGCAGCCCCGAGAGGCCAGGCGUGAACAGAUGGAGAGCAGCCAUGCCGCCUGGCUGGCCCAAGCAGAGAAGUACGAGAACAGCCACCUGGGCCACUACCGGCGCAUCUUCCCCUCUCAGGGCACUGAAAAGUACAGCCCUUUCUUCAAGCACAGUGGAUCCCUCUUCCAAGAGACGGUGGCCUCCAAGGCCAGGGAAGAGUGUGCCAGGCAGCAGCUGGAGGAGCUCCGUCAGAAACAGGAGCAGAGGGAGAACACAGCCGGGCGGAAGAAACGGGAAGGGAAGGAGAGCUUGCAGGGGGAGUCGGCUGGAGAGAAGGCCCAGGAGAAGAGCAAGGGCAAGAUGACCCUCACCCGGAUGGCCUACAGCCACAGCAAGACCUGGAGCCCCAAGAUGGCCUCCUUGCAGUAUGACAGCAUGACUCCCCAAGCCAUAGUGGAGGAAGAGGAAGUCGAGAGAGUCAAGGCCCUCUUGAGGCGAGAAAACCUCAUCCGGGGGCUUGGCAUUGUUGACCAGCUGACCCGCCUGCUGCGCAGCGCCGAGCCAAAGCCUGUGGAAGUCCAGAGGCCCCACAUCAACGUCUCUGAAUGCCAGCCCCACUUUCUCCAGGAUGUGUUCAACAACCACAACACCCAGGACCUGAUGACCCUUGUCCCCCUCUCCCUCCUGAGGGGCUCGGCUCAGGAACUCGGCCGCCAGAUCCUGCAGCAGCAGCCCACAGGACGCGUCCAGCUGCUGGGAAACCCAGGUUUCAUCCCGACUAUCCUGGGAGCCCUCUCGGGCCUCGGCCCCCCUUGUGAGCCGCCGCUGCACUUCCAGCCACCCAGGAACCUCAGCUGGCUGGGCACAGCCAUGGUGGGCGAACCUUGCACCCUGGCGCGGAUGCUGAGAGCAGGAGGGCGGCGCUUUGCCAGUGCCAAGAACAAGGCAGAAGGCAGCAGAGCUUCCUCGAGCAAGCAGCCUCUGUACAUGAGCUCCGGCUCCCUGAACUGCCUGCCCCACCCUGGCCACGUCGCAGGCACCCUAUACAGCAGCUUCCCCUUCCCAUCUGUUGCAGCUCCUCUCAGCCGGGCUGCUGACCUGCAUGGACUGGCCAUCAACUCGGCUUCAGCCCCGCUCAUCCGGCGCGGAAGCCCCCAUCGUGCCACCACGGUGGCUGCCAUGCAUUCCAGCCAAGCCAGGAAGGGGACCUGACCCGAAAUCUCAGCGGAUCCUUCAAGCCCAGAGAGUUGGGGCUGGAAUCCCUGCCUCUCUUUCAGCCACUCUCCCCAAAACUUCCACCUCUGCAGAGCCGUGUUUCCCCUCCAGCUCACAGCAAGUUCUGAGAACGGUUCUGUGCCCUUGGGCUGCACCCCUCCGCUGCUCUCUCUGCAAGCCAGGUUCCCGCUGCA